AAAUCAUUCUUCACCAGAAAAUUGACAGUCGCCCGCGUUGAAAAGGAAAAAGGUGAAAUUUUUGCGGCAGAAAAGGAUUGCAUUUUCCUACAAUUAGCACAUUUCUACGCUUCCGGAGAGGCAAUUUUUCACCCUCGCCUCUGUUCAGCAUCGAGUGAACUACGGACGACAGGUGGAAAAUCCGCAGAACCAGCAGUUUUGGGCCAACAAUUGAGCAAGUGCACACAUUCGCAUUCACCGUCACACAGGUACACACGCGCGGAAAGCAUCUGUCUCUCACACACAUCCAACUAGCAACCAGCGAGGCUCGCGUUUUUUCUUCUUCAGACGACAUCUUUUAUUCGAUUCGUUUCGAGACAGUUCGCAGAACGCGCGAACGAUUGGCCGAGAUUGGUGCGUUGCCCGUUGGUAGGAUACGGGGAAACGGACAAAAAUUGUUAGUGGCAGAUUGGUUAAAACUUUUACCGAAGUGAACAGAAACCAUUGCCGCGCUCUCACUGUGGUCAGGCAUUUGCAGCAGCAUUUUUGUGAUAGAACGAACAAAGGACACUCGUCCUUUCGCGCAAACGGGCAACGACGGGGAUCACGUAAAGACACUUCGUUUGCGUUGAAAAAGCAUCAGCAGCGUACAAAAUGUCGUGGGAACCGCAACCGGAUGGCUUGAGCCAGAUCAUCACACUGCUGAAGCAGUCACAAUCAAAGGAUAAUAUGGUACAACGUGCCGUGCAGCUGAAAUUGGAAGAACUCAACCAGUACCCGGAUUUCAACAACUAUCUGAUCUACGUGCUCACGAAGCUGACAUCCGAGAACGAACCGACACGAUCACUCUCGGGAUUGAUUCUGAAAAACAACAUCCGCAUCCACGGUGCCCAGCUACAGCCGGCCAUCCUUGAGUACAUCAAGCAGGAAUGUCUGCGCGCGCUCAGCGACCCAUCUCCGUUGAUCCGUGCGACGGCCGGCAUCCUCAUCACGACCAUCGCCAACACGGGCGGGCUAACGAACUGGCCGGAACUGUUGCCCACGCUGUGCGACAUGCUCGACUCGCAGGAUUACAUUGUGUGCGAGGGUGCGUUCGGGGCGUUACAGAAAAUUUGCGAAGAUUCGGCCAACACGCUCGACAGCAGUGCACUGAACCGCCCGCUGAACGUCAUGAUUCCAAAGUUCCUGCAGUUUUUCCGCCACUCGAGCCCGAGCAUCCGAUCGUACGCCAUCGCCUGCAUUAACCAGUUCAUCGUGAAUCGCACCCAGGCGCUGAUGGUCCACAUCGACACGUUCAUCGAGAAUCUGUUCCACAUUUCGGCGGACGAUGAUCGCGAGGUGCGGAAGAACGUAUGCCGCGGUUUGGUGAUGUUGCUCGAGGUGCGUAUGGAUCGACUAAUGCCCCACAUGAACAACAUCAUCGAGUACAUGCUGGUGCAGACGCAAGAUUCGGACGAAACGUCGCUGAACGCUUGCGAGUUCUGGUUGUCGCUUGCCGAGCAGAACAUUUGCAAGGAAGUGCUGACACCGCAUCUGGCAAACUUGGUGCCGGUGCUGGUGCGUGGCAUGAAGUACAGCGACAUCGACAUCAUGGUACUGAAGGGUGACGUUGAGGAGGACGAAAUGAUUCCGGACCGCGAGGAGGAUAUUAAGCCUCGGUUCCACAAAUCGCGUACGGUCACACAGAAAGCGGCCAGCGGUGCUGGUGGUAGCGAUGGUGCGGUACGAUCGAUGGAAGGCAACGAUGAGGACGACGAUAUCGACGAUCCGUACGUCGAUAUGAAUGACGACAGUAACCCAUCCGAUUGGAACCUGCGGAAGUGCAGUGCGGCCACGCUGGACGUGCUGGCGAACGUGUACAAGGAUGAGUUCCUGCCCAUUCUGCUGCCCAUCCUGAAGGAGACACUCUUCCACGACGACUGGUUGGUGAAGGAGAGUGGCAUCCUGGCGCUGGGAGCGAUCGCGGAAGGCUGCAUGACCGGUAUGGUGCCACACCUUCCCGAGCUGAUCCCGUAUCUGAUCUUGUGCCUGUCGGACAAGAAGGCCCUGGUUCGAUCGAUCACCUGCUGGACCCUGUCGCGCUACGCGCACUGGGUCGUCAGCCAGCCGCACGAUCAGUAUCUGAAACCGUUGAUGAAGGAGCUGCUGAAGCGCAUCCUCGACGCGAACAAGCGCGUGCAGGAGGCUGCCUGUUCCGCUUUUGCCACCCUCGAGGAGGAGGCCUGCACCGAGCUGGUACCGUACCUGGGCUUCAUUCUGGACACGCUCGUGUUCGCGUUCCGCAAGUAUCAGCACAAGAACUUGCUGAUUCUUUACGACGCCAUCGGCACGCUGGCCGACUCGGUCGGGCAUCAUCUGAACAAACCGGAGUACAUCAGCAUGCUGAUGCCACCGCUGAUCGAGAAGUGGAACAAUCUCAAGGACGAGGACAAGGAUCUGUUUCCACUGCUGGAGUGUCUGUCGAGCGUGGCCACCGCACUGCACUCCGGCUUCCUGCCCUACUCGGAACCCGUCUACCGCCGCUGCAUCUCGCUGAUCCAGCAAACGUUGAUACAGGACGUGGCCAGCACCACCAACCCGACACAGUUCGAUCAGCCGGACAAAGAUUUUAUGAUCGUCGCGCUGGAUUUGCUUUCGGGGCUGGCGGAGGGAUUGGAUUGCUACAUCGAGUCGCUGGUGUCGAGCAGCAACAUUAUGCAGCUGCUUUACCAGUGCAUGCAAGAUUCGAUGCCUGAGGUUCGUCAAUCAUCGUUCGCACUGCUGGGUGAUUUGACCAAAGCUUGCUUCCAGCACGUCCAUCCACACAUUGCCGACUUUUUGCCUAUCCUGGGUCACAAUCUGAACCCGGAGUACAUUUCGGUGUGCAACAAUGCAACGUGGGCCAUUGGAGAGAUCAGUAUCAAACUGAUGGAAGACACCAAGCCGUACAUUCCGAUGGUGUUGGGACCGCUGAUUGAGAUCAUCAACAACGUCAACACUCCCAAGACUCUGUUGGAAAACACUGCAAUAACAAUUGGGCGUCUAGGUCUCGUGUGCCCCGUAGAAGUGGCUCCCUCAUUGCAACAGUUUGUGCGACAGUGGUGCUCAUCAUUGCGCAACAUUCGCGACAACGAGGAGAAGGAUUCCGCCUUCCGUGGGAUGUGCCAGAUGAUCACGGUCAAUCCGGUUGGCGUCGUGCCGGACUUUAUCUUCUUCUGCGAUGCAGCCGCCUCGUGGAUGACGCCGCAGAAGGAUCUACAUGAGAUGCUGCAAAAGAUUCUGCACGGUUUCAAGAUGCAGGUGGGAGAGGAAAAUUGGGCCCGGUUCGUCGAACAGUUUCCACCCCAGCUGAGCGAACGCUUGGCGGUAAUGUACAACAUCUAAGCGGAGCCGAUCGAUCGUCCUUUCUGUGGGUGGUGAGUGAGUGCACGUUAUACUAUUGGAACAAACACACAUCUACACACUACUACCAACUCCUAGCGUCCGCUGGGAUUAUUGAACAAUGUAGAGAAGAGUGUGUUGUGUGUUGGUUGGUCUGGACAAUGACAAACGCUGGAAAUCAUCAGCUGUGCUUGUUUAAUUUUACCAACGAUUUUUUUUUGGGUGAACACACACACACAGAAACGAGGGAUGAUGGUGUAGACAUUUUCGAAACACGUGUGCUCUAGCGUGUCAUUUACACGACACGCUUACGAAUGAAGUAAAGAAUUGAUAGUAGUGUGUGUACCAUUAUUUUUUAAAUUAAAUAUUCGGAACAGGAUGUAAUGUCCGUAGAUUUCGUAGACAUUCAAGUUGUUGGGAAACAUUUAUGGAAACACACCAGAUGGAUCGCCACAUAGAUAGCUACUAUCUUGCGUCCUGUCUCUCUCAACAAAAAGGAAAAAACGGGAAUGAGGCUUCUUUCUCAUGGCUCUGUUUUGUCCGAGAAAAGCUUAUCAAAGGCAAACUCAUACUUGGCUACUUUGCAUAGGAGGUGAUCACGAAUCCCGAAUGCGUGGAUUCGUUUCGGCGAAAGCGGUCGAAACAAUUGUGUAUAUGAUUGUGCUAUUUUUUUUAGAGAAGAAAACAAACUUGUGUACUGUAUUAGAAAUUCGUACUUUUGCAUGUAAAUGUAACGACACGUGUAAUUUGUUGUAUACUUUCAAACACACCGCCGCCUGUUUGGUGUACCGAUAAUCAUCAUCAUCAUCAUCAGCAGCAAUUUGAGGUUGCGGUUCGUAAAUAUGUAUGUGCGCGUGUGUGUGUAUGCAUGUGCAGCAGCUGCAACACCUUCAUUUACCAUACCCAUACAUACCAUCUAUCUCGUCCCCGCUCAUCAAUCUCCUAUUCAAACUCCCUCCGUGUUAUAUCCCCACCCUCCCCCAUCCCCCCUUCUGGAAAGAAAGAACGGUUAAAAAGACGCGUAACUACGCGCGAACACACUCACAAAACGCAAUGGAAAGUAAUUUAAAUUCGAAAGUAAGGUAGCUGUGAAACUAAUACUCUCCUAUUGGAGACUUCUGGCGUUCAACACACUGUAGGGUGAUGUGGUGUGGUGGUGCAGUAGGGAUAAUACUAGCGUAGGGCCCACAGAAAAAAAAAAUUAGGAGUGGAAAAGAAACUGCGUUAGGAGACACCCAUACGUCUUAGAAGAUAGGGCUGUGCAAGUAUAGGGAUAGGGAAAGGAAACGGAAACAUACCAAAACGAUGAUACAGAUCCAACAUUGCCAAGAAGAGAAAAGGGAAGCAAUUAAGCAGGUUAGGGAAAUUUUUAAUUAAAGCUUAACAGAGACUAGGGAUUAGGGAAAACAAAACAACACUAGGGAAACUAAUAGGGAAUUUGUAUGAUUGUGUGCGAUGAAUGAAUGAUUGUGUGUGGAUGUGAGAAAGCCAUGAGCGCGCUUAUGGUGUGUGUGUCACAGUCGUCGUCGUCGUCGUCGUCCCCCAUGUGUGUGCGCGCGCGCGAGACGUGCUCACCCGUUAGUAGUGUUUUAUUUCUAAACUGCAAACUGUUAAAUGUAGCAACAAACAAAUGUCCAACUGUUUUCAGAGCAUCUUCUCAUACGAGAAAGUGUGUGUGUGAGAGAGAAAACGUAACCAUUUGCGCUUGUUCUUGUUUUAAGUAGGAAGGAAACAAAUUACACAAAAGGUGAGCGCCGUUUUGUUUUUGCUUACUUUCGGAAUCGGUACUCUAUGCCGGUACAGAAACAGGGCACGCAAACAAGGAAGUGAUAUUAUUAUUAGCGCCAGGAUCAUCAGAAAAAGAAAACUAUACGUAAAGCAGCAGCAGUAGGGACAAAACUUAAGGCAGCAUAGGAUUAGGAAACAGGAAGGAAACCAAUUGGUCGCGUUCGCGUUCGUGGAAACCGUAUCUCCGGGUCGUAUCGUUAUAUUUUCGCGCGGGUUUUCGUAUCGUCGUCGUCGUUUCGGGUCGUCGUAUCGCGUUAUCGUAUCGUGUCGCGUAACAUUAAUCGUUAAUAGGAGGACAGUGUGAGAGAGGAACCGUUGUAGAAGAAGAAAAUCGCUUUGCAAACGGCGGGUUCUUUUUGUUUUAUUUGAUUUGAUUUGUUGGAAAUAUUUAUUCGUAGUUUACAAACUUCUUUCACCAGCCCUGAUUUAUCAUGUUAAGCUUCUCGUUCAGCAAGCAACAACAACAAGGCAAACAGCAAUCGUGCUUUGCUUCGUUUCUGUUGUUAUUAGUCAUUCGAAUAAAUUAUUAAAAGGAAAAUAAGAAACAAAUGACAAACUUAAGGUAAAUUAAAACACACACACAGAACUGAAGCUUUUAAUUGCCUAGGGGAAGGAGGAAAAAUGCAAACGAGGAUUGGCGGAAACAAAGUCUGAUUACUCACACACACACACAAGACGGCCGAAAACAUUGAGUGUGGCUGCACUGCACUGCACAAAAUCAAUCCUUUGGCAGCAUCUGGCCUGCUGCUCGAUUGGAGGGAAAUACAAAUCAAAACUCAAAUACGAUCAAAACAGUGUAGAUAGAGCGCAGGCAGCAGACAGGCCUGUGGAACCAGGUGUGCCAUUAGAAGAUGAGAUGAGAGAUAGUUUAUUUAUUGCUUCAAGUAAAGAAAAUUAAAGAAACCAGACGAAAGCGAAUGUAGUGUAAAAGAGACUGGUAAAUCACAAAAUCGAGGCACAAAAAAGAGUAAAGCAAGCAAACGAUAAUAAGUAUUCUAAAGCAACUGAAACUUAUACCAUUCUGCAACAAAACAGGAACUAUACACAAAAACACAGUUUAGCAAACAAACAAAACAAAAAACAGGAGAAGAGCAAGCUAAUUUAUUGCUAAUUGCUGGGAUGAUCACAACAGAUGUGUGAAAAAUGUUAAACAAGCCUUAUGAGAAUAAUUGAAACGAAAAAAUUGCUUCAAACCACAUGGAACGGAUCUUCAAACUUUACAAUCUGCAAUCAUACAGACGAGAGUAGUUAACAAAACUUUUAAAAGACUGAACCCCCGCAAUCCAGACCAUAUUUCCCAUGCAAAAGGGCAGCAGCAAACCACAACACUGAACUAUAGAAUAACAGCAACAAAUCGCAAAACCAAGUCCCACUACUGAACACACAUGUGAAAGAGAGGGGGUGUACAAGAAGCUUAUGAUACUUAGGGACCUCUUCUUUUGUGUUGGUUUUUUUUAAAUACCAUCCUUUUUGGCGUAGACUGGACAUAGCUUUUCGGAUCGUAUUUAUUCUAUCCCUUUUAUGUGUGGCUUGUCUGUCUAUCUACCUAUUCAAUUCAAUCAUCCAAAAAUACAGUAGCAGCAGCAGAAACAAUAGAUUCUCGUAUAGGUAGGAACGUAUUUGUUUGAAUGUAUUUUUGCAGGGUUUUACGGGUCGUUUUUUUUGUCUGUCCUUUUUUUGUUUUUUUUUGUCUGUCCUUAGUCCUUAUGGGGGGGCGGUCCGGUGGCCGAGGCGACAGCGGCGCCGGUCUUCACACGGCAGGACCGGGGUUCAAAUCCCAUCCAGGCCGCCUCCCCGUACGCAGGGCUGACUACUUUGCUACGGGUAAAAUCAGUCACAGAAAGCCAGAAAUGGCAGGCCGAGACCUUGCAAAGUUGUAGUGCCAAAGAAGAGAAGAGAAGAGUCCUUAUGGGGCCCUCCUCUCCGGUGGUCGAUGCGAUAAUAGCAGAGCCGAGGUUCAACCCUGACUCCGAUUGAUUGAAGUAUCCUCAGCUUUUUCCUUUUUUUCUGAUUCUGUUUCCAACCCAUUUUAACUUAGCCAAGCAAAGAUAUUUGUCAUCAUGAACACUUGGCAAUCUGACCUUCUAGUUGAUGUUUUUUGGUUUCCGUACAACUCAACAAAACAAUUAAAUGCGCUCCGUAAAACCCUGCAUCCCUGUUCUGUUCUGAUCUAAAUUGUUUGUGUUUGCUUGCACUUGUGUGGCUAUUUAAGGUUUGUUACUAUUGUUUCAAAACUAAUUGUGAAAUUGUGCUGUGUGCAUGGUUCAAAAUUUCCAUUGUCCAAUUGAAUUAAAAUACUGAUGCUGGACUCCCCAAACCGAAACACCUCUUGAUAGUUAAAAAAAAACAAAAACCAAUGCCAAACCAACUGUCCCACACAACACAACUAGCAGUGUAGGCUUUAAAGCGUGUAUAGGAAUUAGAUUAAUGGGGGAAAAGAACAAGAGUACAUACAUACAUAUAUAUAUUGAAUCGGUUCGUGCACUCUGGUGCCGCGUUCUAUUACUACUACCACUACUACUACUAAUUGACAGAAGAAAUUCAUUUUCUAUGUAAAACAGGGCUGUGUAAAGGAUUGAUCUAGCGAGGAAACUAGCGAAGAAAAAACUGAUCAAAACAAAGGAACAAAAUAUCAUCUCAAAACACGCACACACCGCCGCCGUCAUUAAAGUUGUGAUAUUAAAUAUUCCACCUGUGUGUGUGUUGUGCGUCCGGCCGCUAGUAGUUGGUGAUUUAUUCCCACAUGAAGCCCCGAUUUUUUAAUACUCGUUUCACACUACUACUCUGCCAAAAAUCUGAUGUUUAGUUUAUUUUUUUAAAUGUGUUGUUGCAUUCGUAAAUAGUAAGAAUAGUAAGAAGCAACCAGAGGCAGAUAGGGAACGGUCGUUAAAUUUUUAUUCCCGUGUAGUAACUUAUUUAAGAAUGUAAAAGCCAAAAGUCCGUGCAACAUAAUGCAAAGCUAAACUCAAUGUUCAUAAGAACAAAAAACCGUGAAGCAAACUCGUUUGAAACAAAACAAAAACAAAGCAAAGCAUACAUACUUAACAAUUCUAAAUCGGGUCGUCGUUCCUCAGCCGAAGAAGCAGAGAAGUCCUCUCUCGUCGGGUCGUCUCGGGUCGGGUAAAACUCGCGUAAAUCUCGCCGGUAUUUCGUCGUCGUCGUCGUGAUCGUAUUGUAACUCAUCUCUCGCGUCGCGGUUCGCGUAUAUCCGUUGUUAUCGUAUUAUCGCAUCGAUCGUGUGUCGCGCGUCGCGGUAUUCUCGUCGGUAUUAGCAAACAAAACAGGAGUCAGGAGCUGCUGGUUAGGGUUAUUAUAAGCGUAGGGUGUGUGAUACUAUACACAGUAGGGAAAAUGCGUUUUUUUUUUGUACAAGACAUACUAUAGGGUAAAUCAAAACUGACAGCAUAGGAAGCUAGGGAAGUCGAUAUCGAUCGUUAGUGUACUAGGGAAACGGUUAGGGACACAUCAGGAAGGGACACCAACAAAACAAACCAAAACCUGGACAGCUGGGAGGCGGGAGUUUAUUAGUAGCUUGUAGCGAAAAACAUUUCAAUUUUCCGUUGUCUUCUAUUCCGCUCUUGGUAGUAGUAGUUGUUCACUGUGUUUCGUUUUUAGGUUACAACCCACACACACACACAAACAAAAAACCCGUGUCGUAUGAAUGUCCCCCAUGGCUAUGAAGCGUAUGUGUGACUACUUUGCAUGUGUGUGCUUGAGUGUAUGAAUGAUCUACGGAAAAAGAAUUUGUGUAUCAUCAUUUAACAAAAAAUGCCCUUGCUUAGCCUUUCUGUCUGUCCAACUUUCUUCCAAAUAUGUGUACUUUUGCAGCACAAUAAUAUUCAAUCUGUGAGAAGUUAAAUUUCGUUUCCCAAAACAGAAAGGUCCUUAAAUUAAAGCUAAAAAAGAAACGUAAAUCAAAGGUGCUAAUAUAAAUGUGUGGACUGGCAAUAACACCGUUGUUACCGUUGUUUUAUUAUAAUUUUAAUCACCUCUCAAAGCAGCUCACAUUACUCACUGUGCACAAAAAUCCCAUCACCACCAUUUUCCUUCACGUGUGUCAUAUACUAACACACUAAGCUGCUUCAGACACUGUGGACACUUGGUUUAGUAAUGGCGCCCGUUGAGCAAAGCACUGGUGUUGGAGUGUAAUGACAAAGAGCUGCUAUACUACCAUCACCAUGCGAAUCGUUCACGGUCGGUGAUGUAAACUAAUUCUGUUUUAGUACUAUAUAUUUAGCGAACGAAUGAGUGUGUGUGUGUGUGUGUAGCUGGGUUGUGCGUGAGAGUGUGCAAAAAAGGAUGAAUGUGUGAGUUAAAAAGAAGAAUCCAACCGAUAGGAGCUAACAUAAAUCCACAGGUGAUACACAGAGAUAUAGUGUUAGGGCAGAUAAAACAUUUUGAGUAAGGAAAAGUAGUGAGGAACACACAACAGAACAGAAGUCUCAUCCAUCAUCAUCAUCCUCCUUCUCCUACCCGGUCUUCCCACAAUUCCAUGUUGUGUCCUGGAAAUCCUUUCAUCCUCCACCUUUACUCGAUGAUCGCGUCUUUUAAUAUGAUACUGUGACGGGUGGUGUACACAGAGUGGGCGGGUGACCCCCGCGAGAGCCAGUCAUCCAGCAGACACGAAAAACCGUUAAAGAGUUUUAUAGUAUUAAAUUUGAUUUGAUAGCUUGCAGCGGGGGAGUUAAACAUAAAGCAUAAUUUUAAGAUUAAAGAAAAAAGUGCAAACGGUUUGCUAUAUGUGGUUCAUUAUCAUUAUUAUUCACGCUGUGUAUUUCUACCAAACCAUUGUGCUCCACCUAUGGCGAGGGAAAGCAAGGCAAUUAAAUCAGCACAGAUGAUUGACUUUUCCUUUUCCUUUAUGGAGAUUUUGUGAAAAUUCAUCAUUGUACAGCACGAAGAGAGAAAGAGAGAGAGCGAGAGGAAGUAAUGGUAGAAAAUUAGCUAUUACAGCUGGGCGUGAUAAGAGCGUAAAAUGGAAAUCUUCUUCGCUUCCAAUAAUGUCCAACCUAUCGAAAAGAGAAUUUAAGAGCGAUAUAUGAUGGGACCUUUGAUGGCUUAUAGAAUGGCCCCGCCGCGUUACAAAAAGGAAUAAAGCACUACUGGCAAAUAGUAUUAAAGCUGAGCAAAAAUCAUUCUCAACUCAAACUCGUCAAAGUAGAGGGAAAAAAAUCAUCCGCAAGUAAUAAACGAAAAUCCACUGAAGCUUUACCAACAUUAAACCAGCAAUCCUCUCUCGCCGUUUGUAAAAAAGAGCCAAAAAUAUUGUUUUGCCGAGCGCACCGAGAGCAGUUACUUAAAACCAAUCCUUCUAAUAUUAUAACAAAAAACGGUUUAUUCAGCGUGGGUCCUUAGUGUGUCCUUGGGGUGAAAAGCAAUGAAGGGGAAAUGCAUGCGCGAAUACGUAGGUUGUAGGCAAUCCGCAACAGCAAAAGAGAGAGGACGUUAGGUCGAUUAGUCCUUCAGUUAAUACUUCUGCUCCUUCAACCCCCGACACAAAUACACACACAGAGAGAAAAUCAGCAGCAGCUUACAGCUGGUUGUGACGUUGGUAGUGUGUGUAAUAUAGCAGCAGCAAAUUUAGUGAAAUAGUGUAAUAUAUAUAUAUAUAAGAAAAAGCAUGUCUCAAAGAACAAUCGGAUGGUGGGAGCAUAUACCGCUGGCUGACGGAAACUACAUAUUACAUAUACAUCUAAAUCUAUGAAAACUUAA